CAGUAUACUGAUCGAUUUCAAAACUCGAAGUAAGUGUACCCGAUAAGCUACACUCUGAUUUCGGGAGGGGGUGAGAGAGUGAGAGGAGAGAGAAACGUUUACUGAAGAAGCCAGUCACACCCAUAUAUACUACUGUACGUAAAGACAAUCGCACACAUAAAUUGUGAGAGCUUUCUCUCGCUCUCUCUCUCUCUCUGUAAUCGUUCUUCAUCCUUGCACUGCACUUGGGUUUCUUACUCAGACAUCUUUCUUCUCUCUGAAGCUUUUAGAGGUGGGAAAGCCAGGGCGGUUUGAGGUUUCUGGAUAAAAUGUUGAGGAAGAGGAGCAGAUCACUGAAAGAUCAACAGAUGGGUAACCCCAUGCCUGAUCCUCUACCCGAAUCUUAUUUAAGCUCCGGUCUCUUAUCUCAGAAACACAAAGCCACUUCCUUUUUCAAUGUUCCGGCACUCCUUGUUGGACUCAAUGCCAAACACUCAGAAUCAGAUUCAGCUAGAAGUCCGACUUCUCCACUUGAAUUUCAGGUCUUUUCUUCCACUGUGGGUAGUCCACUUAGGUCCCAAAGAUCUUACGAGGGUACUCACAAGAGCUGGGGUUGUAAUAAAGUUGGCCUAAUAGGCAUUAUUGAUUCUCUUGAUCACAAAACUGAGUGCCCAGGGAUUCUUCCUAUAGAGAACCGGGGUAUAAAUGUAAUUUUUGGGCCACAAAUGAGUAGCAAGAACUGCUUUGACUCUAUUGAUGGUCCUAAGUCACUGCCUAAUGAGGCUAAGCUGUUAAAUCUCCAUAAAGCUGAUUCUUUGGUUCUGUUCGGUUCUUGCUCCCUAGAUUCGAGUAUUUCUCUCUCAAAUUUUUCUGGCAUUGCAACCCGGAAUCGUAGUUUAGGCAACCCGUCUGGGCCAAAGAUGGACUUAAUACCAGAGCCGAGUGGAUGUAUUACGAGUGAGAUUGAGCUCUCAGAGGAUUAUACAUGCGUGAGGACCCACGGCCCAAAUCCUAAAGUGACCCACAUUUUUUGUGACUGCAUUUUAGAUUGUCACAACUAUGAAUUUGCCCAUUUUUCAAGGUGCGGUGAUGAAGAUGAAAUAAUGGGGUUGUUGUCAAAGGGUCCUGCCUCCUGUGAAGAGCAGCACUUCUUGAGCUUCUGCUAUACUUGCAAGAAAGAUUUGGAUGGAAAAGACAUAUACAUUUACAGAGGUGAUAAAGCGUUUUGUAGUUCUGCUUGCCGGUCCAUGGAAAUUCUGAUUGAUGAGGACAUGGAGAAAACCAAUAACAGUGAUGGUUUUGAGAAGCCAAACGAGCUUGAGGAGUGCAGUUUAUUCAUCGCUAUAUAGGAGCAUAGGACACCACCUUGGCCAUGAUUGAUGAGAUUUUCACACAGGGUAGACACUAUAUCAUCUGUUUCCUAAGAGCUGUUUCUUCUUUUGUCUUCUUUAUUUGGAGGAUGAUUCUGCAGCCAUGGAUGAUUUAGUGUGGCACUGCUCUUGAAUUUCAUUUCUUAUGGUGUUGGUGGGAAAUGUUUAAAACUUGUUUUUUCUUUAGCAUACAUUCUAACUUCUGUGUUGUUGUAGAGUUUUCUUCCUAUGGAAAUAUAAAAGGAGAAGUGUUUUAACUUUUAACACGCCUUUUGGCUACCAAAUUUUGUUACUGCUGUUCUUGUGUGGUGAUAAGCCGCACCGGCGCACCCAACCUUUCCAGAUGAGGGUUAAUGAUUGAAAUCAAAUGUCUGUUUGUUAGCUUUACGUGGCUUCUUUUGCUUUUUAGCUUAAAAAAAUUACUGUAGCGUUUCUCUCAAAUAAUCAAUUCGUUGCC